AUGACGAAUGCAUGGCGCGUAGCGGAAAGAUUAAUAUGUGAAGGAGGUACGCCAUUAUUUCAAAAACUGGCAAUGAGCAAAAAGCAAAAAAACCGGCCUCAUGGCAGGCAACGACAGACGAGAACUUCGCAAGCGACACAGCCUACGAAACAGGUUCUUCGGUCGGAAUGA